AUGGAGAGAAAGGUUAUAGAUCAAAAAGAAUAUUUAAAAAAAUAUUUGUCCUCGGGGGAUGACAAGAAGAAAAAGAAAAAGAAAAAGACGAAACUGGGAGCAAAGACAGUAAAGAUCAUUGACGAUGACAUAGACCUGAAGAAUUUGAGACCAAUGGAAGAGAAUGAAUUUGAUAUUUUCAUCGAUGCAGAAGAUGCACCUCAAAUUGCUGGCGUGGUGGAUGAACGUGGACCAGUUGAUUUCACUGACAAAAGAAGAUGGAAAAUUAUAGCUAAUGACGAAGAUGGUGAUUUAACUAUAACUAGUGUAGAUAGAGGAAGUAAGCAAUUCGAAGAAGCAAACAAUAUAUCUGAUAAUAGUCCAAAUCCAUUGAGAAAAGAAAAUGAAUAUUCAGACGACGACUUGUCUCCUCCACGAAUAUCUAAAAAGACAAAGGACCAGACAAAUAGAAAAGCAAAAAAAGAUGAGGAUAGUGAUGAUUUAAGCCCACCUAGAAUAAAAUAUAAAAGGCAUAAUAUCAAGCAUAGUAGCAGUGAUAAUGAUAGUAGUCAAGACAUAGGUGUUUCAUCUCACAGAAUGAAAAAGAGAAUAAAAAGAAAAGAGAAAAUAUCUGAUGACUCUGAUUUAAGUCCACCGAGGAAAAGUAAAAAGCAUAAAUCUGAGAAAAGUACAAAGCAUAGAGAUGCAAAUAAUUCAGACUUUAGCCCUCCUAGGAAAAAUAGAAAAGAUUCUGAUUCUGAUUUGAGUCCUGAGAGAAAUAGAAAAAGUAAAGAUUAUGAAUCAGGCUUAAACUUAGCAAGAAGAAGUAAAAAUCAUAAACGUAGGACGAGAGAUAAUGAUUCUGAGCAUAGCCCAUCUAAUAGAAAAUAUGAAAGAGAUGUGAAUGCUCAUAUGAGUUCCAAAUACAGAAGUAGACGCGACAAGUCAAUUGAAAUAACGAGAAACAGGCAUGAUAAUUCAUUUAAAGAAAGUUCACCAAGAUAUCGUAAGUAUAAAAAUGAAAAACCUGGUAGAAGUAGAAUGCAUAAACAUUCUGAAAAAAAUCCAGACAAAAGACACGAUUCAGAUAUGAGUCUGUCUCGUAAAAGAAACAGAGAUAUUUAUUCAAGCUCAAAUAGAUUUAGAGAAGACAAUAGAGAUUUCUAUAAGUUUAAAUCGAAUAAAUUUGGUGAUCGAUAUGAUAACGAUUCUAAUUAUCGUUCACGCAAAGAAGACAUUUAUGUCAAGGAAAGAAAAUCAAAGCAUGGGGAUGUAGACGAAGAAGAUAGCGAAAAACGAAUGGAGAAAACAUUAGAUGGAAAAAAAGCUGGCUUACAAGAUGCUAAAACAUUGCGGGAAGAAACAGAGGCAUAUAAAAAGCGAGAAGCUGAACAUUUUAGCAAGCUUGGCAAAGAGAUUACAGGAGUUGGACAAGCGGCGAUUGUACGCGAUACUAAAACAGGUAAAAAACGUGAUUUGGAAGCAGAAGCGAAAGAAGAACGGGAGAAACAGAAGCGACAAGCGGAAUUAGACGAAAAAUACGCUAAAUGGGGGAAAGGCUUGAAACAAGUUGAGGAUCAUGAAGAAAAGCUGAAAGACGAUCUUUAUGAAAUGAGUAAGCCUCUAGCAAGGUACGCGGAUGACGCUGAUUUAGACAAAAGACUUAGGGAACAAGAAAGAGAAGGUGAUCCUAUGUUAGAAUAUAUUAAACAAAAACAGAUAAAAGAAGGGAAGAGGAAACCAGAUCGACCAAAGUACGAAGGAUCAUUUAUGCCAAAUCGUUUCGGUAUCAAACCCGGUCAUAGAUGGGACGGAGUUGACAGAAGUAAUGGGUACGAAAAACGAUGGUUCGAAGCGCAAAAUGCCAAGGUAGCGCGUCAAGAAGAAGCUUAUAAAUGGAGCACUUCCGAUAUAAAACAGGAAGACCGCGAGAGCUGCUGGCGCCUGUCUGCCACCGGUCUCGUCGUUUCAGUACAAUAAAACAACCGGCCGUAGUACGUAUCCGUUUAUGAAAUCGAUUGA